GGUCACUGACAGAUGCUGGCUCCUGUCCAGCCAGCCCUCUGCUUUCUACGGAGCCCGACUGACUGGCGCCUCCGCUGUGUGCACGCUCGGCCACGGGGGACAGAAGUGACGGGCGGCCACAAUGCGGCUCUGCCUCCUCCUGUGCCUGGUGCUCCUCAGCCCGCGGGGGGCCUCCCUUGGCCGCCACCACUCCCGGGAGACCAAGAAGAGAGUCCUGAAGUUGCCUCCUGCAGUCGCCACGGUGGCCCCUGGCAUCAGGGACUUUACCUUUGACCUCUACAGGACCUUGGCCGCAGCCAGCCCGGAACAGAAUGUCUUCUUCUCCCCUCUGAGCAUCUCCAUGAGCCUGGCCAUGCUCUCCCUGGGGGCUCAGUCCAGCACGAAGGCACAGAUCCUGGAGGGCCUGGGUCUCAACCCCCAGGAGGGCCCAGAGGAGGAGCUCCACAGCACCUCCCAGCGGCUGCUGCGGGAGCUUGGGCAGCCCAGAGAGGAUCUCCAGCUGAGCCUGGGCAACGCCCUGUUCACCAAGCCCACCCUGUCCAUCCAGGAGGCCUUCCUGGGCACCCUGAGGACUCUCUACCUGGCAGAUGUCUUCCCCACUGAUUUUGAGGACCCAGAAGGGGCCCAGAAGCAGAUCAACAAUUAUGUGGUGAAGCAAACGAAAGGCAAGAUUGUGGACUUGGUUAAGGGCUUGGAUGGCACCGAGGUCAUGGUUAUGGUGAAUUACAUAUUCUUUAAAGCGAAGUGGGAGACAAGCUUCAACCACAAAAUCACCCACGAGCAGGACUUCCACGUGACCUCAGAGACAGUGGUGCGGGUGCCCAUGAUGAAACGCGAGGACCAGUUUUACUACCUCCUGGACCGAAACCUCUCCUGCAAGGUGGUAGGGGUCCCCUACCAAGGCAAUGCCACCGCCUUCUUCGUUCUCCCUCAAGAGGGCGGGAUGGAGCAGGUAGAGAAGGGCCUGAAGGAGAAGACACUGAGGAAGUGGCUCAAGAUGUCUAUGAAAAGGCAGCUUGAGCUUUACCUCCCCAAGUUCUCCAUUGAGGGCUCCUAUCAGCUGGAGAAAGUCCUCCCCAAGCUGGGGAUCAGAGAUGUCUUCACCUCCCACGCGGACCUGACCGGCAUCAGCAAUACCUCCAACAUCCAGGUGUCCGAGAUGGUGCACAAAGCCGUGGUGGAGGUGGACGAGUCGGGAACCAAAGCGGCUGCAGCCACGGGGACCAUCUUUAUGUUCAGAUCUGCCCGGAUAAGCUCUCAAAGGAUAGUGUUCAACAGGCCCUUUCUGAUGUUCAUUGUGGAGAACAGCAAGAACAUCCUUUUUGUGGGCAAAGUGACCCACCCUUGAGGCGGGGAUGUCUCCUGAAAGGCACAGGCUUCCAUAGUGAAAGGUGAGGGUGCCUUGUGGCUGUCUAUCUGCUAGCAGCUGGUGAUUUACACAGGUUUAGUUGACUGAUGAGGUUUUCACAGAUGAUAAUAAUAAUAAUAAUAAUAAUGGUAACAUUGAAAUACUGAUGAUUGCUUCUUUUCACACAAUUGCAAGACAUGAAUGCCCUAGAGAACAUUCGGUACUGCCCUCAUCUAUUUAAUGGAGAUUAACACCGAGGCUAGGAGAAGCUGGUUGACUUGCCUGAGGCCACACAGCAUGUUGGUGGCCGAGAGAAGCCCAGAGUCCAGGUCCCUGCUGCCCAGCCCAAUACCACUGAGCUCUGAGAAGGGUUGUUCCAGUAGCUAUUGCCAGCAGAAAGUGUAUUCCCAAGCCUAGUACCCCAACUGUCGGCAGUACCAGCUAUCAGCUCAUUAAGGUUGGCAAAGAACACCAGAAUGAGAGUUUGAAAUGGGGCUCCUGUCCCAGCUGUGUGACAUUGGGUGAUCCUGUCCCUCUCUGGACUUUGCUUUCCCUCAUAGAUACAGUGAAGGGUCAGGUCAAGGAUGGAAGGAUCCUUGAAAUCAUAUAAAAAGGCUAGAAUGUUCCCCAAUAAUUACAGUUAAUUUAGUCCUUUUGAGUGUUGCUCAUCCUUCAAAAAAAGCAGGGGGCCAGCAAGGUGGAAAUGGCCAUCCCAGGAUUGUACUGUCCUUGGGAUUAAUUUUCAACCUCAUGGGCUUGGCUAGGAGUGGGAGAAGGGAGGCCUGUUGCAAACACUGAAGACCCUGGUGACUAACUGUGGAUUUUAGUGCCAGCAAUAACAAUAAAGCAUUUUGCAAACA